AAUUAUACCAAUAACGGUAUGACACUAAAGAAAAUAUUAUGGAGCAAUGGUACCCUUUAACAAUUCUCUUUCACAAUAGAGUGUGUGUAACAGAGCAUUACUAGAGGUGUGCAUAAAUCGAUCCAAUCCAAUGAGAAUUGACCGAUCCAAUUACAACUGACCGACAAAUAUUGGAUAUCCAAUUGUGAUCGGAUCGGAUUGGAUGUUAUUUUUAAAUAUCUAAUUGAAUCGGAUCGGAUGGUGGAUGAGGUGUUUAAAAAUCCAAUACAUCUAACAUCUAAUCGAACUAAUUAGUAUUUUUAUUUAAUUUGGAUGAGUAAUUAUAUUUUAUAUUGUUAUUAUGAAAAUUAACAUUAAAGUUUUACUCUUUUUUUUUUUGGAUUGGAUGGAUCCAGUUUAAUCCAAUAUAUAUUAGAUCUAAAAUAUUGGAUGGAUCUGAUCCGAUCCAAAAAAUACUAGGUCUAAAAUAUUGGAUAAAUCUAAAUUAAACAAAUAAAUAUAUAUGAAAUACAUCCAAUGAAUAGAACCGACCCAAUCCAACAUCCAAUAGAUAUUAAUCGAUUGGAUGACGGAAAUUAAUUGGAUCAGAUCGGAUGGUAAAAUCUAACAUCCAAUAUAUAAUUAGAUCGGAUCUAGAUAGACCUAAAAAUAUUGGAUGUGAUCCAAUAAAUACUCCUGAGCAUUACUAUUAAGUAAGAGUAUGUCCAACACUUUCUAUAAGUACAACUUGGUAAUUAUUUAGCUAUAUUAUCUAAAAUUAAUUUUUAAGUUAUACUCAUACACCAAAAAUAGAAUGCCAAUAAUAAUUUUCAAGAAUUAUCGUGUGUAAGGAGAAGCAGCAGAAGCAGCGGUCAAAGCGAAAGAGAGUUGAGUAGUACACUAGACACUAGACACUAGUGUACUACUUUCUCUGUCAGACUCAGAUCCACUUUCCUUUCUCUUUUGCUUUUCCCUUCCCUCCUUCCAUUUCCAGAUCAAUAAAAAAAAAUAAAAAAAAAUUGAGUAAUUAAUAUUAAUUAAUUAUAAUUAUAAAUUACAAAUACAAAUUUAAAUAAAAAAAAUGGAUAUAAUAACAUUCGGCGUCAUAAUUGGCAUAAUUGUGCUCUUUCUGGGGAUUGUUUGUUUCAUCACCAUUGAAGGCACUUGCAGACGCUCUUGAUUCACUCUCUAAUCCAAACACUCCCUUCCCUUUCCUCUUCCAAUGCCUUUUUCUAAUUAUACAAAAAUGCUUACUCUGCUCUUUCUCCUUUUCGCUUUCCCUGGUUUGGAUCUGAGUCACGCUUCUCAGGUCUCUCCCUCUAUUGAUGUUCACCGAUGUAGUCACGGACACGACCACCACCACCACCACGGUCACCAUCACAACCAUCACCACCAGAGUUCACUCGAAUCGAAUCUUCUUCCCGAGGAAUUGGCUGAGGAGGAGGAUAUGAAGCUCUACGGGUUUGGUUCUCAUGCUCACGAUCAUGACCAUGACCAUCACCACGAACAUUUCGGAGUUUUACAGCUUACCGGUCCUGGUCUUUGGCUACAUGCGUUGGGAUGCUCUUUUUUGGUGAGCAUGGCUUCCCUUAUUUGCUUAAUUAUCUUGCCAGUAGUGUUUGUUCAAGGGAAACCAUCCAAGACAGUUGUUGAUUCAUUGGCUUUAUUUGGGGCUGGGGCUAUGCUAGGGGAUGCUUUUCUUCAUCAACUACCACAUGCCUUCGGGGGUGGACACUCGCACUCUAAUGAUCACCAUGAAGGUCACGACCAUGAUGAUCAUUCUGGACACUCACAUGCACAUUCACUAGCAGAUCUUUCUGUGGGGCUGUCCAUCCUGGCUGGAAUUGUACUUUUUCUUCUAGUAGAGAAGUUAGUGAGGUAUGUUGAAGAUAAUUCUGGAGGAGCUAAUACAUGGGGUCACACUCACCACCACCAUCACAAGAAAAGUAAGAAAUUGAAGGAUGAUGAUAAAUCUGCUGAUGACAUCCAGUCAAAGUCAUCCACUGGAAAUGAUAAAAUAGCACUGGAAAAAUCAUCUGAAGUUUCAGAUGAAUUACUGCACGAUUCAUUAAAGGAAGAUGCUCAAAAUGGAUCUCAUAUUAGGAAGAGGCGCACUACUGUUGAUGGUGAGGAUGAUAAACAAGAUGUAGAUGCUGCUAAAGUCUCAUCUGCUGAUAUUAAAACUCCGAAAGAAGAAGAUGUUCAAGCACCAAGCAAUCUUGUCUUCGGUUAUCUGAAUCUCUUCUCUGAUGGUGUUCACAAUUUUACUGAUGGAGUAGCUUUAGGAAGUGCGUUCUUGCUUUAUGGUUCAGUUGGUGGAUGGUCUAGAACUCUCUUCUUGCUUGCUCAUGAGAUUCCUCAAGAGGUUGGAGAUUUUGGUAUCUUAGUAAGGUCCGGUUUUAGUGUAUCCAAAGCACUAUUUUUCAACUUUCUUUCAGCCCUAGUUGCACUAGCAGGAACAGCACUGGCUCUGCUGUUGGGACAAGAUCCAGGACAGUCAUCUUUGAUCGAGGGAUUUACAGCCGGUGGAUUCAUCUACAUUGCGGUGGCGGGGGUGCUUGCAGAGAUGAAUAGCAGUAGCAAGCCCACCCUGAAAACUAUAAUAGGGCAUUUGACCUCAUUGAUACUUGGCAUGGGGGUUGCUCUUUGUAUUUCUCUUAUAGAAUGAAAUGUAAAUUUGUAAUGAAUAUUUUUGUACUUUAUUUUAUUUUUAUUUUAUUAGUAGUCAGAAGUUUCUGAA